AGCAGAGCAGGAGACUCAAUUUUUUGAAGCUCGCGAUUUUCUUUCAUCAGCCUCGCGCCGCCUCGCUGCCGCACGACCACAACGCACGCACUCGAAGGAAGAUCUCCCCAAAAAGAAAACCCUGCAUUCAUCGCUCAGCACUGCGCACGCGCAACUACAACGAAACAAAUCCCGUCGCACAGUCGCCGCAGCACGGCCAUUCGUCACGAUGGACGACGAUUUCAAUUCGAACGUAUUCGCUAAAGAGACAUCGCGGCUAUGGCGGGCCUGGAGAACAGUCCACGAAAUGGUGCAGGAUCGGGGGUACGAGCUUGCGGAGGAUGAGGUCAAGAUCUCGCUCGACCGAUUUCGAAGGGAAUAUUGCAUGGCCGAUGGGAACCCGAACCGUGUCGCGAUGCAGUUUUCUGCGCGGCCGAGCGAAGGCAUGAUCAAGAAGUUCACGCCCCCGCCGACGGCGAGUAACCCGGACCCGGCGCCCGACUGCGGCACCAUCUGGGUCGAGUUCUGCCACGAGAAGUCAUCCAUCGGCAUUGGCGUCAUGAAGAAGUUCGUGCAGCACUGCGCGGCCAACAACUUCAAAGCCGGCAUUCUCGUGACCUUUGCCUCGCUCAGCGCGCAGGCCCGCAAGGUCAUCACAGUCACGUCGCAGUACACGCAGAUCGAGUGCUUCCUUGAGGAGGACCUGCUCGUCAACAUCACUCACCACAAUCUGGUGCCCAAGCACAUCCUGCUGAGCCGUGAGGAGAAGACGGCUCUCCUCAAGCGCUACCGUCUCAAGGAGACGCAACUGCCCCGUAUCCUGUCAAAGGACCCCAUCGCCCGCUACCUGGGUUUGAAGCGAGGCCAAGUCGUCAAGAUCAUCCGGAACAGCGAAACUGCCGGCCGAUAUGCCAGUUACAGACUUUGCGUAUGAGAGAAGUAGCAAUUUCCCUAGGCAUGCCUGGGUUCUCGGGGUC